UUCUUCUUUUCGCAAAUUUGUUGGAUGACAACAAAACGAGAUUAAUAUUUUAGGAAACAAUCGAAUCGGAUUUUCCAAGCUAUCUACAAAUAUUGUUAAUAUAUAUUGGUAGUCUGAUAAUUUUAUACGUUCACAAGUGUUUCAAAACUAAGGUCAUUAUUAUUUUAUAGUUCAAAAGAAAAGGACCAUUGAAAUUAACGUGUUUGGGUGCGAUAGCCCGACAUGGCUGGAAAUUUUUGGCAAAGUUCUCACUCUCAACAAUGGAUACUAGACCGGCAAGAUCUCAUACGUGAAAGGCAAUAUGAUCUACAAGUGCUCAGCGAAGAUGAGUAUCAAAAGAUAUUUAUUUUCUUUGCUAACGUUAUUCAAGUACUCGGGGAGCAGUUGAAACUCCGUCAACAGGUCAUUGCUACUGCCACAGUUUAUUUUAAACGUUUUUAUGCUCGAAAUUCGCUUAAGAACAUUGAUCCAUUAUUACUGGCACCUACCUGCAUACUACUAGCGUCUAAAGUGGAGGAAUUCGGUGUGAUAUCUAAUUCGCGCCUCAUCACCAUCUGCCAGUCAGUUAUUAAAUCGAAAUUUAGCUACGCCUACACGCAGGAGUUCCCCUAUCGUACUAACCAUGUUUUGGAGUGUGAAUUCUAUUUGCUGGAAAAUUUAGAUUGCUGUUUGAUUGUAUAUCAACCAUAUCGACCACUAUUGCAGAUGGUGCAUGACAUGGGACAAGAAGAGCAAUUGUUGACAUUGAGCUGGCGUAUAGUUAACGAUUCGUUGCGUACUGAUGUCUGUUUGCUUUACCCACCUUAUCAGAUUGCAAUUGCAUGCUUACAAAUAGCUUGCGUUAUACUUCAAAAGGAUUCAAUGAAAACUUGGUUCGCCGAACUUAACGUGGACCUAGACAAAGUGCAAGAAAUUGUGCGGGCAAUUGUAAAUCUUUAUGAACUUUGGAAAGACUGGAAAGAAAAAGACGAAAUACAACUGCUGUUAAGUAAAAUACCAAAACCUAAGCCGACGCCGCAGCGUUAAGUACAGCUAGACCUUUCGUCUUACUUUUUAUAAAUAUAAGUAUUUGUAUUUUUGUAAGUAAGAAAUGUAAUGUUUUUAUAUUAAUUUAUAUAAUACAAUACUUUAUUAUCGGAUAGACACACUUCAAAA